AUGACGGAAGCCGAGAACUUUGAGGACGACCUCUUCGCCGACCUGUACGAAGAUAACGACGCAAAGCCCGCCGCGCCGGUCGCGAGUGCCGUUCAUAAUACUGACGCCAAAGCUUCUGAGCAGCCCGAGCCAGUAGCUGCUCCUGCUCCUGCUGGCGAUCUGGAUGACGCCGGCCACGAUGCGAUGAACCAGGAUGUAGACGACGAUGAAGACGACGUUGACUUCAAUUUGGGAGGAGGGGGAGCCUCAAACAACACCAAUAUGAUGCCACAAGAUGACAUGCCGUCGACUCCUCCGUACGGCACUGUUCACAAAGCUAGUGCCAAGGAAGAUGGGUGA